GUGCAUAGGUUCCACUGUGUGUGACACUGAGCUGGUGUCCCAGCAGGAAAAUCAGAGCAUCUCACAUCUGCUUUAGCCAUUCGGCAUCACGGAUGGAGCGGAAUGUUCCAGUGGGCAGUGGAAACGCUGUUCCCUGUCUCUGUAAAUCACCCUGCCCGGAUCCCUGGAGCGCCUCCCCCGGGCCUCGGGGGCAGGCGGAGUCUUCCUCCCCCGACGGGAUCCGCAGCUGCCGUCGCUUCUCGCCGGAGCCGGAGCCCGAGUCGGAGCCGGGCAGCGCCGCAGGAUGGACCUCCUGGAACUCACAGGUCCUGCCGCCCUUCCCAAGCACAUCCUGGACGUCUGGGUCAUCGUCUUGAUCAUCCUGGCCACCAUCCUGGUGAUGACGGCGCUGGUGCUCUGCCCGGCCACUGCCGUCGUCAUCUACCGCGUGCGAACUCACCCCACGCGCAACGGCAUCGUGUGAGGUGUGGACACUGGGGCACGGCCGGGCAGGGGGCUGCGGCCAUGGGACCCUGUGCCAGGGACCCCGCAGAGCCCAAUGGGGCACCCUGAGAGCUGGAGAGACGGGCUGGAGCCGGGGUUGGCCAGCACUCAGAUGCCUGCCCCUGUGCUGGCACCAGGCUCUCGCUGGGUGAACUCACUGCCUCCUGUUGCCCACCGAGCUCACGGGGACCACAGGGGAGGUGGCAGCACAGGCAGCAGCGGGAGAGCAAAGUGGAUGACUUUGUGGAUGUGUCCAGCUAGAAACAACUUGCUGCCAUGAGGCAGGAAGGCUAGUCUUGCCUUCACUGGUGAUCCCAUCUCCUUCCAGGCAAGCAGCAAGGAGUGGAAAUGCCCGACAAAAUUAUUUCUUCUUUGGAGUCCCAGCUCUCAGGGUGUUUGGAAAAAAGGGUAAAAGCAAGAUGGAUGUGGCUUCUGGUUGCAAGUUUGAAGGCUUGGCUGAAAACAUCGGUGACAGAGCCCGUCCUGCCUGCACAGCAGAUGUGCAGCUGGCACUGGCUUCUCCUCUAUCCAUUAUCUGCUGAAAUUGUAGGAAAAUCUUAUGGGGCUCUUGGUUCCUCUGGGUCUCACAGGGCAGAGGAGUGUGUGCAGCUCCUGCCAGCCUGUCUGCCUGCACGCUGGCUGUGCUCCCCGCUCCCGAUAGUGAGAGCCCUCACUGUUCACCCAACACACCGGCCCCACUGGGGGGUCUGUGCACCUCUCACCUGGGCAGGUAAAGUGGGAGGAGCAGGUUUGUGCCCAGUCAGUGGCAGGGGAUCAUGUAAGUUCUUGCACUGCUCUUUGUUAUGAAAUAAAUGGACUUUU